AGCCAGCCAACUGACCCACAUUUGUUGUCAGUGUGGGGUCACUCAACUCAGCACACACCAUCAAGCCGUGUUCCAUGCCGCCGCCUCAUUUCAAACUCAAACCCAUGGAAACUGUGUCUGCUGUCACCGCAGUUCGCUGUUGCUGUUGUUGGCUAGUGUUGAGUGUUUGGUGCGUUUGGGGCUAUGGGUAUGAGGGAUACCCGACGUGCGCCAAGCCCUACCGCUCGGCCAAGAGCCGCUUCGACCUGCCCUGCGACUUCCGCACGCGCAACUGGUGCACUGUACCCGGCACCGCUUAUCCAUGGCGAGCCGUACGGCGGUUUGUGUUCGAGAACCACGGGUUGAUGCGACGCAUGUACGGGGACGAGCGCCACAUCUCGGUGCUGCGUUCCGAGAUUGAGUCCAACGACGUCGACUACCAGAGUGAGCCUGGCUGGGCCUACCACGACCCCGCGCUCAAGAACUAUCAACCGCAGCCGUCCAAACGACGCGGAGACAAUAGUGACCUGCACUACAACCAUCAUCACAAUCCGAAUCCGCAUCACACUCACAGGACGUUGCCAACAACAACGACAACAACAACCACCAGUAGUCCCACCACCACCACCACCACCACAACAACAACAACAACAACGGCUAGCACCACCAGUACAAGCACCCUGGCUACAGCUCCUACCUCACAGGAACCGAUCGGCACAACGGGCGCAGAGCCACCAGCGGCGGACGACAUUGAGGUUGCGGACGACGAUGCCGAAGCGUUUGUGACGACAGAAGGCGCCGACGUCGAUGAGACGACUACGGCGACGCCCGGCGGGGAGGACGGGGCCGCCACCACCACCCCCAACCUCAGCUCGUCGCAGCACGACCUCUUCACGCACCAGCUGUUCGACAAGAAGAACCAGCAGACCACCGAAGAGUCACCUGUCUACAAGCUCAGAGGAGUGAAUGCGUGCCCGGUGAAAGAGGAAGUGGUGGCUCCGUUCUGGGCGAAUAACACCAGAGGUGAAGUGCUGGCACUGCUCAAUCUCUACCCCUUCGAGCAGUAUGUGCACUGGGAACGCUGCACGUACGAGAACAAGCAGAUGUUCUGCCGCCAGGGGUGCCGGUGCGAGCAGCAAUACCGGCUGCAUCGGCUGCUGGCCUACGACCCGAGCAACGACUGCCGCGGCAUCUUCUCCGACUGGUUCAAGUUCCCCUCCUGCUGCGUGUGCCGCUGCUACGAUCUGCCCAGCGAACUCAGGCUCACCUCGCGCAGUCCACGCGCGCAUGCGCACGACAACCAACAGACUUAGCCCUAUGCAGUCAGUGCUGGAGAAUAAGAGCGCUGUUCGAGAGAUAGAGUCAUUAGAUUUUGAAUGAGAACAAACAAAUGAAGCCAGUCCACGAUCUCACGUUUGUUUAUAACAAUGGAGGUUUUGUCCAAUAAAUUGGACAAAAAUAAAAUGUAGAGGCCAUUCACUAUGGGUUCGAGUAGUCAAUACUAUGUGUGAUUGACUGAAAUUUCAUUAAGGGCCGGUUUCCGAGCUCGGGAUUUGACUAAGUUCUAGACUUUGAAAAGCUGGAGUCAUAAAAUUGGCUUUCCGAAACGAGGCGUAGUCGUAGUCAUUGUCACAGUCACGUUUGAAUUAAAUUUCAGAAAACUAGAAAAUUAAACACAAAAUAAAAUAAAGAGAGAAUAGUGUAAAGUUUCAGCUAUUUUGAAUUAUUUAAUUUCGUCAAGGAAAAACGUUUCCAAUUAUAGAAAUGAGAAAAUAAAAACUGCGACUACGCCCCGUUUUGAAAAGCUAAUUUUCUGACCUUAAAGUUUGACCGGCCCUUAAAGUUUAUUACCACCAACUUUACCUUAUUGAUCUGCUCAAAAUAAUUAUUAUAUCAGAUGCCAUUCAAUUUACAAAUAGUCGAUGUUUUCAGAUGAUUGUAUAUUUCUGUUGCAAUUGUUAAUACUGAGAAACGUUUUGAAUUUUCUAAUAUAAAAAUGCUCUUGAGCAAUAUGAACAAGAUAUCAAAUUGUCAGACUUGAAAUUAUUUUGCGUGAAGGUGAUGCUGAAUUGAGUUGAAGGUGGAUUCCAAACGCCCAAAGAGUGAUUGCGAAGCAUGUCAUUGAAAGCAAAGCGGCUUCAUUUAUGAAUAGUUUUACUAUUUAUUAUUCUUGUAUCAACUGUAAAAAUUACUAAUUUUAUUCCUAACUACUCUAAAAACAUGUAACCUUUUGUCUUGAAUUGAUUAUAUACAAAGUUCUUCAAAAUCUUGAAAAUUGUAUAAUUUUACUUGGGUACAUCCAAGGAUGUAGGAUGUAGUAUUCUUUUGAUUUUUUUGUCUUCUCCAUAUUUGGAUAGUAUGUAUAAAUUUAUACCGGUACUUGAAAAUAGAAAUGUUUUAAUGCGAAAUGUGAAACUAAAAAUAGUGAUACAAAACUUGUUUUCUUUCAAUGUAGAUGUAAAAUAUAUUUUUUGUAAUAUUUUAUGUAAAUAAUGUGAUUGUAGAAUGUGAAAUAUUGUAAAUUUUGUAAACAUUGAUUAUUAUCUAUAUUGUUGUUAUUUAUGUUCUGUAAAUUUUACAGUAAAUUUUUCAUGUUAA